AUGGGUACACUUUUAGCCAUUUUAAAGGCUAUAUUUACACGAUUAGUGUUUGCCGGGCAUGGUUUUAUAGCAAUUUGGCAAGUUACUUUGUUUAAAAAAAAUUAUUUUUAUUGGUAUUUAAGUUCACCGAUUAUCUUGUUGUUUUUCGAAGGGCUUUUUACGUUAGCUAUUAAAGAAACUCAAGAGUGGAAAUGGUUCUGCCCGUCGGUUUUCCUUUACUUAUUAAGCGUCAUCCCUUCGAUUUGGUUAUUGGAAUUAGAAAAAAUCGAUAAGAACCAUAAGAUAAAGGGUGAUUUUCUUAAUGUAACUUUAAACACAAAAGAAAAUCUUAAAGAACUCAACAAUUUAAUUGGGGUUGAAAUUGAGCUCCCUGAAAUAAAUUUAAGCACUGAAACAUGGAUUACAGUUAUUGAACAGUUUUUGAUGUUAAUUUUAAUCAUUGGACGGUGGAUGUUACCUAAAGGAGAAUUGACUAGGGAUCAAUUAAGUCAAUUGUUGCUUGUUUAUAUCGGCACUGCAGCUGAUAUAAUUGAAUUUUUCGACUCUUUUAAAGACGAAAAAGUAGCAAUGCACCCAAUUUUAGUACUUUUAACUCUCAGUAUUUGGUCUUGGAGUUUACUCCAAUUCACCGUUGUUUUAACAGCCACUAAAUCAAGAAAGUCGAGAUUAACUACAGCGUCUUCGAUUAAUACAAAUAAUUAUUGUUGUGGAAUCGACGUUUGCGGCAUAGUAAUUAACAUAACAUUACAAGACGCCCCAUUUCUAGUUUUUCGAUUAUUAUUAAUAACCCAUUUUAAUAUUAUUUCGUACAUGAAUAUUUUUUUCACUUGUAAAAACACGUUGGUGAUCAUUCUACAAUUAUACAGACUUCAGGUUGUUUAUAGUGAAAGUAAAAAGCAACGUAAAAAGAAAAGGGUAACGGAAGAUUUUGAAUUAACCAGUAUUUCUAUUAUUUCAAAAGAUGAAAAUUAUACUGGAUAUUCAACUGGAAGUUCUCCGACGAAUAAAAAGCAUUAUGAGAGUAAGAAAAAGAGACAACGUUUUGAUGAAGAAGACGAAGAUGUUUGUUAUAAAAAAGGGAAAGAAUCAAAAAAUACUUCAGAAAGUGAGGAUGAACCAAAAAAAGUUUCGAAUAAGUCAAGAAAACUCGGAAGAAACAUGAAAAAUAAACAUGUCCCAAGAAAUGAGUCGUCAAGUGAUGACUGA